AUGAGGCAACGGACCAUCGAGACCCAGGCCAGGGGAGUGAGUGCUAACAAGAAUAAGCAAACCUUUCCAGUUAAAAAACAAAUUAAUUCACAAGUGAAUGAAGUGGAAGGUGCGAUUAUUAAAGGACUUUCGAAUGAAUUCAACAAUCCCGUUGUAGAAAUCAAUGUGACAGAAUCCACAAGUGAUCCCAACUUCCCAUUUAGCUCAACCUCGCCUUUGACGAAUAACGAGACCCAGAGAAUGAUGGAAUACCUCACAAAA